CCAGGAGAUAUGAAGGGCACCACAGACAAUCUGCCUCCAAACUUAUUAAUGGGAGGCAGCGACUGAGAUAUUCCGGACUUUUCCAAGAACUCUGAACUCAUUCAACUGAGUUAGUCAGGAAAGCAAAAUCCCGACACGCAAUUCUGGUGACGGGUUGUCUAGUUUGCUGAAGCAUCGUAAUGGGCUCGAAAGAGAGUGGAUCCUUGGUUUCAGACCUAAAAGAUCCUUUGUCUCAAAAAAAUAUAAACAAUGCUCCAAAGGGUAGAAGAAUUCGCCUUUGUAAAAGUGCUCCUCUUUCAAAUUAUGUAGGCUUCGAGACAGGCUUUGCCUCAGGUCCAAGUACCAAAUCCUUUUUCAGAAAGAUACACCCGAGUUUUCGUAUUGUAGCUGCAUUCUUGACUGUCUACUUAGGCUUAGGAACUGUAUGUUUCUACCUCGUUGGGCACCAGCUCAAGGGAGAGAAGACAAAUGGAGUUCUUGAUGCUGUUUAUUUCUGUGUUGUUACAAUGACCACCGUCGGAUAUGGAGACCUUGUGCCAAACAGUGUUUUUUCAAAACUACUGGCUUGUGCUUUCGUCUUCUCAGGAAUGGCUCUCGUCGGGAUGACCUUGAGCAAAGCAGCUGACUAUUUGAUAGAGAAGCAGGAAUUAUUGCUCGUUAAAGCCUUACAUAUGAAUCAAAAAGCUGGGCCUAUUGAAAUUCUUAAAGAUAUCGAGACCAACAAUCUGAGGUACAAAUGUAUUGUGGUCUUUAUCCUUCUUUUGCUACUCAUAAUUGGUGGCACAGUCUUCCUAGCUACUGUUGAGAAAUUGAGCCUUGUGGAUUCAUUCUAUUGCGUUUGUUGUACAAUCACAACCCUGGGUUAUGGAGAUAAGAGCUUUUCGACUCAAGCAGGGCGUGCUUUUGCAGUAUUCUGGAUAUUGACAGGUACCAUUUGUUUAGCUCAGUUUUUCCUCUACGUUGCCGAGCUAAACGCCCAGAGCAGACAACGGGCGUUAGUAAAGUUGAUUCUCACUCGUAGGAUGACCAAUGUAGAUUUAGAGGCAGCUGAUCUGGAUGGCGAUGGCGUUGUUGGGGCUGCUGAAUUUGUCAUAUACAAGCUCAAAGAGAUGGGGAAGAUUAGCCAGGAAGAUGUUAGACUUGUAAUGGAGGAGUUUGAAGAUCUUGAUGUCGAUCAGUCAGGAACGUUGUCAACGUCAGAUAUAAUGCUUGCGCAACAACCUCAAAUCGAGAAGUAACUCUGGCACUAUGCUGGUGGCUUUGUAAGUUCGUGAUAUAUUAAAGAUUUGGAGGUUGUGCAUACGCGACGAGGAUGCAGUGUGGUGAGAGCACUGAAGGUGUGAUGUACUGAGGCACUGUAUAAUGAUCAUAUUACACACUGCCUAAGAAAUCUACUUGUUAAAUAGUUUAUUAAAUAUAGAUUAUGAAAUCUACUGGUUAAAUUAUUGGGUACUUAACUGCUUAUACAAAUGGAUCUGCUUCUGCAUUGAUUUUUACU